AUGUCCUCCGCCAGGUUCGACUCCUCGGACCGCUCGGCCUGGUACAUGGGGCCCGUGUCUCGCCAGGAGGCGCAGACCCGGCUCCAGGGCCAGCGCCACGGCGUGUUCCUCGUCCGCGACUCGUCCACCUGCCCCGGGGACUACGUGCUGUCCGUGUCCGAGAACUCGCGGGUGUCCCACUACAUCAUCAACUCGCUGCCCAACCGCCGCUUCAAGAUCGGGGACCAGGAGUUCGACCACCUGCCGGCCCUGCUGGAGUUCUACAAGAUCCACUACCUGGACACCACCACGCUCAUCGAGCCGGCGCCCAGGUACCCCAGCCCGCCGGCGGGCUCUGCGUCCGCACCCGGCCUGCCCGCGGCGGAGGAGAGCCUGGAGUACGUGCGGACUCUGUACGACUUCCCCGGGAACGACGCCGAGGACCUGCCCUUCAGGAAGGGCGAGAUCCUGGUGAUCGUGGAGAAGCCCGAGGAGCAGUGGUGGAGCGCCCGCAACAAGGACGGCCGCGCGGGCAUGAUCCCCGUGCCCUACGUGGAGAAGCUCGCGCGCGCCUCGGCGCAGGGCCGGCCCGGGGGCAGGAAUUCCAGCAGCUACGGCGUCCCCGAGCCCGCCCACGCCUACGCGCAGCCGCAGACCAUGGCGCCCCCGCCGGCCGCUGGCGCCCCCGGGGCCACCGUCAGCCCCCUGCCGUCCACGCAGAACGGACCUGUCUUUGCGAAAGCAAUUCAGAAACGCGUGCCCUGUGCUUACGACAAGACCGCCCUGGCCCUGGAGGUGGGCGACAUCGUGAAGGUCACGAGGAUGAACAUCAACGGCCAGUGGGAGGGCGAGGUGAAUGGGCGCAAGGGGCUUUUCCCCUUCACGCAUGUCAAGAUCAUCGACCCCCAGAACCCGGACGAGAGCGAGUGA